ACGACAGCGUUUCCGUUAGUUCAUUCAAUCAAGCAAAACAGAUGCGUGUAUUAGAUUUUCAACCCCUUGCAACUGCCAACUCCCAGUGCCCGGAUCCACCGCACUCUCAGCCUAUCCGACUGUUCGCCGGACUUCGCUAGAUCAACAUCAGAGCGAGAAGCGAACCGAGCUCUUGAAGGAUUUCCUGAAGACCAUGGCUUUUGAAGGAUUUCCUCCCUUGAUCUCUGCCCAACUCCAUUAUCUCCUAAAUCACUACCCUCACAUCAUCAAGAUCGAGCAGGUCUGGUCUGGUAACAAGUAUUAUCCUCGGGUUCUUGAUCGCUUCACAUUGGUCAUACCCUACUGCCUCGACACUAUUAAAUGGCAUGUUAUAUACAAUUCAGAGUACCCAUUGACUCCACCAGAUGUCAUAUUUGGACCUGAAGAUGAAGAUUUCCAUCCAUUGCAAGUGGCUGGCAGCGACCGAGAACAGGAUGUAAAGUCAGUGAAGAAAAUUUUGUCUGACUGGAGCAACAAAGACCCAACAAAGCUAUUGGGUCUUAUUCAGGAGCUGAGGGAUCAGUAUAUGGCUUACCAGAGGAGGCGUGUUGGUGAGGUUGACGAUGAUAGGUUGAAGUUUGAAAUUAACACUAUUUUAUCUCGGGAGGGAAUUGAAAUGCAUAUGAGUUCAGGAGCUGAAAAGCCAGUAGAAGUUAAGUUUGCAGUACCUCUACUGGAGAUUAACAUAAAUAAAAUGGUACUUGGAUGCCCCUGGAGGCAUCAGCAAAAGAUGUACUUGCAGGUUAUAUAUCCUGUUAAUAGGAAAUACACGUCUGCCCCUUCCGCACCUCGUUUGAAACUAAUGUCAACUUUUGAUUUGAAAGCUUUAUUUUCUGUUGAUGAUGUUAAACUUCCUCCAUGGAUGGAUGGAAUGUGCAUGGCAGAAUAUCUUCCCCAUCUUGAAGAAACUCUUGAGAGACAGGUCUUGGAAGCAGUCUCACUAAUUGAUGUUAGGAGGCAUUUUAUAGAGGCAUUAGCUCCUCUGUUUGGAAUGCCCCUGGAAGCUGAUCCAGUAUUUUGCAGAAAGGCUACGUUCCUUGCAUCCUCCGGGACAUUUGUAUUCCUGGUGCACUUUUCACUCCCAACUCAGUUUCCCAAGCAACAGCCUGCUUUGGUGCUCCAAAGCUCUCAGCAUCUAAACUCUCCGGGAGCACCAAUCAAGUCAAAUAUUCUGCAAGAUUAUCCAUGGAGUCCAAGAUGGGACGCAGCGAAAAUGGCGGAGCGGAUAUUUGAUUUUGUUGCGGACGAGUCUUUGAACUUCAAAAGACAAUGCAAUGAAGCUCUCCAACACUAGUGGUGGGUAUGAGAUGGGAGUGGGUGAGCAUUUUUGGAGCCCAGCCUUGGCCUUGAGGAAUUAAGAUUUGUAAAGUUGAUUGGCAGGGACCAAGUGGUGAUGAAUUUAUGACGGUUGAUUAGUACAAAAAAUUUGUCAAAUGAAAGAGGGGUUUGUUGUAUAAUGCAAUAUGUACAUGGAUUAUGAUGGAAGUAUAUGAAAGGAAGAUAAAAGGAAAAAGAGAGGCAAAUUUCUGCAAAUACAAUCAUUCAUCAUUGUGUUUCUCUUAAAA